UCCGCACAUCAGCUCGAAUUUGAUUAGAGAUUCGGACCGGUUUUGCGCAUACAGCAGCAGCAGCUUCUGCAUGUGACAUCGGACAGCGCCGACAUUUCCAGUCAUUGAAUUCCUCGUGUGAUUGGAGGACGUUGAUGGCUAUUCAAUACUGGCAGCUAGCUCAACCAGCAGCUCAAUCAGUUCCGCAUAGUCAACAUUGCGCGUUGGUUGUAUAUCCAAAAAGACAAAAAAAGAGCGGCCAUCUCGUUUGUAUAGCGAAAUCGAUCGCCUGGUAAUAAUAAGUGAAACUUGGAUUCUUUGGUGACCACCGGUAGAUCCAUCACGACCGCAUCCAUCAUCACGCAGCAGCAAGAGAUUAUUGGACAGAUUCAAUGGCCCAUUAGUUCUUCGCCUAUAGCUGCUCUGGUGUAUAAACUGUACACACAAUACAAAACGCCGGGGGUUUGGCGUUCAUUUGCCAGCACAGCAGUUGGAUCCCGCAAAACGCAAUUCAGUCCCAUCAGUGGAUAAUAGUGGAUAAUUAUAACAACAACGGGGAAGGGGGGGUCUCUCGUUUCACAUCAAACGUAUUUUCUCAUAUAAUAGCAAUCGAGAAUCGGGUGCAAAAUCAAGUUACAGGAGGAUAUAUCAAAUAUCAACGAAGCUAUAGACGCGGGAUUAUUGGGUUACUACUGCGUUGCCCGAGAAAAUCGCGCAGAAAAACUUAACUGAAAACCACACACGGUACAUUUGUGAUCGCGCUUUUUUCGUUGGUCGUUAUAUUGGUUGUGGAUUGUAUAUGUAGUUGUUGUCGGACAACAUUGUUUCGUCAUCAAUGGCAGCAGCUUUAAAAAGAUCUUGACCCGAAAGCACUCACGGUAAUACGUUACUAGCUUCCCGCGCUCGACCGGUUUCACUCGCCUGGUCGAACUAAUGCACAACGGCGGCCGGACGAAGAUGGCCAGCACCAGCAGCACCUUGGCCAUCCCUGCAAACACUUCGGGGACCUUUCUCGUGGGAUUCAUCUUCGACUUUGUGAAAGAGAGGCAAAGUGAUUUAAUGGAGAGCCAAUUGAUGACGAGCAACAAUGACGCAUCGCUAAACAUUGUCAGUCGCAUCGACAUUGAUGCUGAGCAGACAGACGCGGAAUUGAUGGCCCAUUUGUUGAUGCCCGUCUGGGCCUACCAGUCGGCCGCCGUCUAUUUGAUCUUCAUCAGCGUCCUCGGUCUCUUCAUGAACAUUGUCGUCAUCCUAGUCAUCGUCAACGAUCCGCAGAAGAUGACGUCGCUGAAUUGGAUGUUGCUCAAUUUGGCCUGUUCCGACGGAUUGAUUGCCGGAUUCGGGACGCCCAUCUCGGCAGCUGCAGCUCUGCAAUAUAAUUGGCCUUUCAGCGAUGAAUUGUGUGUCGCCUACGCCAUGAUCAUGUCCACUGCAGGAAUUGGAUCGAUCACGACAUUGACGGCGCUGGCCUUGUGGCGAUGUCAACUGGUCGUGUACUGCCCGGCCAAGCGGAGCGGGGCCUUCGCCAAUCACCAUAGCGGCGGCGGCGGCGGCGGCAGCGCCAAACUGGGCCGAGUCCAGGCCGCCGUUUUGCUGACUCUCAUCUGGGCCUAUUCGUUGGCCGUCACUUGCCCGCCGCUGUUCGGAUGGGGACGCUACGACCGAGAAGCCGCCCACAUCAGCUGCUCGGUCAACUGGGAGUCCAAGAUGGCCAACAACCGCUCCUACAUCCUCUACAUGUUCGCCUUUGGAUUAUUCGUCCCGUUUCUCGUCAUCAUUUGCUCUUACGUCAGCAUCCUACGCGUCGUCAAACAGACGGGCAAGUUCAAGAGGACCAUGAUGGCGACGCUUCAGCCGACGCCGCAACACCAAAUCAGCGACCACCAAGCGAAUCCGACGGCAAAGAAAAUGGAACAGAAAAAGGGAAACGACGCGGCCGAGAAGCGAGUGACGGUGAUGGUGGCCUGUAUGGUCGGCGCCUUUAUGGCCGCCUGGACUCCUUAUUCCAUUCUGGCCCUCUUCGAGACUUUUAUCGGAGUCGCCGGCCAUUCCGGCGGACCAGGCAGGAACAUGUCGAACACGACGUUUAGCCUCGACGGCCAGCAGCAAUUCAACGACAAUCAGCCGACCAAUGAGGCAGACGACAGCCAUUUCUUUUAUUAUUACGUCGGAACUAUUUCGCCGGCAUUCGCCACCAUUCCGUCACUGUUCGCCAAAACAUCCGCCGUCCUCAAUCCGCUCAUCUACGGACUUCUCAACACUCAGUUCCGGUCGGCUUGGGAGAAAUUUACGACGCGGUUCCUUGGCCGCCGCUGUCUUUACCAACAUUCCUCUAAUAGGAAUAAAUUCAGUAGGAAUUUCCUGAAUUGCGCUGAUGGCGGUCGUGGAUCUCCUUCUCUGAAGCAAUCGAUAACUGUCCACCUGUCGAUGAAGGAAAUCGUUUCCAGUGAGUCGCAAUCGGCUUACGUCAUGGCCAGCACGGUGGGGGGCCAGCCGGGCAUCACUUUGCUUCUUCAUAAAGAAAACCAGGACGUCAUGGAUAUGCGAGCCCAGCAGCAUCAUAUUCAUUCACCCUCGCUGACGUCAUCCUCUUGUUCAAUGGCCGAUCCGGAGUCGUCCGUGUCCAUCCGGAUGAAAUCCCUCAAGAAUCCCGUUCGCCAUCCCAAUCAACAAGAAGAGCAUCAACUGGAUCAUCACAAAUUGGUGGUGGUCCGUUUGGUCUCGGACUCGACCAGUUGUUCCUGCAUCAACGACGACCACCUCCUUCCCCAGCAAUCGACGGAAGAGUCGGCGUUCUAAUAAUCCACAACCAAUUUUUUUUUCCCGCCAAAGAAAUUCAAACGAGAAAUCAACGAAAGUGAUUCAUCUAGAAAUUCGCCGAAUAAUUGACGAUGCCGACAAAUUGAAAGAGAAAGAAUUCGCAGCGCUGCUGAAAUAAAGGAUUGUCGCAGUAGUAUCUCUCUUUCGGUGAAAUGGCUCCGUUUGAUGUGUCAUCCAAUCGCGGAUGCAUCCAUUUCUCUCUGUUCAAGAGAGAAAAGAGAAAUCAAUUCCCCUUUACUUGGCAUCUAAUCUCUUUUUUUCUUAUUCUUCACUGCUGUUGUGCAACAAUUACACACACACACACAUACUAUACUGCAUCAGCUCCUAACGACGGCAGCAGCCAGCAGGAAAACAAGGAAAAAUCUAAUCCUCCUUCUCUUUGGGAUGUCUAUAGAAAUAAAAAAGAAACAGAGUGGGAAGUUUUGCAUCAUAGAUAUGGGAUGAUAUCAUUCAGCAGACAAACCCUCGGACAAACCUAUGAUAUAAGACAUUAAAGUUAUGUGUAUUUCUCUGCGCCGGCCGCUGUUUACUCGAAUACUUUUCUGCAAAUGAAAUUGUGACAUUCUCUCAUCAGUCAGAGUUAUUAUUAUUAUUAUCAUGUGUGUGUGUGUAUUCACCUUCGUGUACUAUUCUGCAUUAUUUGCGCACGUGCGCGGUUAUAUUGUCUGGUGGGAAUAUCGAUCCACACCGCGGGAGGACAGGCUACACCGCAUCUCAUUAAUUUGAUUCGACUAUAUUAUACACUCAUGUCGGUGAUGUCAUAUCCCGGUGUGUUGCGUCGCGUAUAUUUCCGCCAAGUAAAUCAUUAUAUCAAAUAGGAUGUGACAACAUCGG